AUGAGUCCUGAGGAGUCAGGCAAGGAGGUGGACAUGUGGUCCUCCAUCCGCUGCCUGGGUUACCUAUCCAGCCUAAACCUGCUGGUGGCCGUAUGUUUGGGCAUGUAUGUGCGAUGGGAAAAGACCUCCGAACCCACAAUCUUGGUCAUCUUCAUUCUAGGUCUCUUUGUGUUGGGCAUUUCCAGCAUCCUCUAUUACUACUUCUCCAUGGAGUGGGCUAGCCUCAGCCUGUUCCACCUGUGGUUUGGCUUCCUGCAGGGCCUCCUGUGCUUCCUCAGUAGCCCCUCUUUGGAGAAUGAUAUAAAAGAGCAAGUCACAAACUACCUGCUGUUGGCCAGCGUGGCAGUGCGUUCCCUUUGGGCUCUGACAGAGCGCCUGUGUGGCAGUGCCAACUACAGGAAGGUUGUGCUCACUUCGGCUGAGUUGCUUGAGCUACUGGGCUUCGGAAUUGCAAGCACCAGUAUGGUUCUCCAGAGGUCAGUUGCAAUCAUCGCCCUACUGGUCGCCUUAGCGUCUAUCAUCGUAGACCUGCGCAUGAAGUCUCUUCUGGCCCUUCCAAACCUGACCUGCUUUUCAGUGGUGGCCUCUGUUACCUUCUUCCAAGCUCUGAAGGUGCAGACUAACCCCUUUGCUCUUGGCUGCUACCUGGGCCGGCUCAUCUGCGAGCCACUCCUGGACGUCUACUUCAGUGGGCUAUCUGUGACUGAGCGCUGGAUGCCCUUCCUAUCAGCAGGUCGGCUGUGGCGGAAGCUCACUCUCCUCCCGCUGGGUGUUACCGAGCUGAUGUUUUUUGUGCUUUGUGCCCUGAAGCUGGGUCAACUAGAGUUCUGGUACCUGGUCAUCCCAGGCUUUUGUGUGUUUGGCCUGUUCUGGAUGCUGUGCCACGUGGUGUUUCUAGUCACGCUGUGGAGCUUCCACACAAAGCUGAGUGAGUGUCAGAGGGUCCAAGCCACCCAGCGCUCAGACACGCGCAGCCUGGACAGGGUCAUGGCCUCCAGAGGGAUGCGCCAUUUCUGCCUCAUCUCUGAACGGCUGGUGUUCUUCAGUCUGAUCUCUACUGCCAUACUGGGGGCUGUCUCAUGGCAGUUGUCCAAUGCUCUGUACAUGAGCAUGUUCCUGGUGGUGCUGUCUUUGGAGUCUCUGACACAUGGACUCUUUCAUGAGCUGGGGAACUGCCUUGGAGGGACCUGUGUGGGGUAUGCAGUGGUUAUUCCUACUAGUUACUGCAGUGUGGAUGGUCAGCCGGUGCUGCUGCCUCCGGAGCAGGUGCAAGAGCUGAACCUUCGCUCAACGGCCACACUGAACGCCGUGCAGCGCCUUUUCUCGCACCACCUGAUCCAGACAUUUGGCUGUGAUUACUCCACCAGCGGCCUGAAUCUAGAAGCACUGCAGGCCAAGCUGCGCUCUUUUCUUGAACUGCGCACUGCCGACGGCCCGCGCCACGACACCUACCUCAUCUACUACUGCGGACACACACUGCCCACCGGAGACUGGGCCCUGACAGGUGGGGACUGCCUGCGUAUGGAGCAGCUCCUUGAUUGGUGGAGAGAGCGUAAUGUUGGCUUCUCCUCUCGUCUCAUGCUGGUCCUGGACACAGAGAACUCUCUGCCAUGGGUGAAAGCAGUGCGCAGGGUGGAGGGGCUCUAUGUGGCUGUUCAGGGGGCCGAGAUGAGUCCUGCAGGGGACGCUGAGAGCCAGGUUGCUCCUCAACUGGGAGACUUCACAACUGAGUGGGUGGAAUACAACUGCAACCCAGACAGCGGCAUGCAGUGGUCGGAGAGAGGCCGGCUCAUUGCUGCUAUGUAUGGCGUGUCCAAGUGCUGGAGUGACUACAGGCUUCACCUGCCCACCGGCAAUGAUGUAGCCAAGCACUGGAAAACCCAUUUCCCCCGGGCCACCUACCCAUUGGUUUCUGUGGCCAACUGGUGCUGUGGGCUGAACCUGCUGUGGCUGUGCAGCGCUUGCCUACGCUGCUUCAGGAGGUACAAACUGGCCUGGUUUCCUCCUACCAUACUGGACACGGGACAGGGAAUCAAACUAGUGCGCUCGUAGACACGAACAAAGACUUGGAUCGUGCAAUGAACUAUAUUUCAUCUUAAUAUAUACCUUGCUUUAUGUGCCUUCUCUUUUCUUGCUUUGUUGGUUUAAGUGCUCAUUAUUUAAUUUUGCCUUUGGCUUGUUAGAAGUGGGCGCCUCAGUGGAGAGCCAGAAAUUCUGAAGGUCACCGUGCACUUCUGCAAAUUCUGCCGUCUCUGCCUAGCCAAGAUAUCCACAGUGGCUUUUUCAUUCUGGAGCAAAGUCAGUUCACUGCAUAAGAAAAUUCUGGGUCAUUGCUCAUAACUGAUUUUAUUUUUACUUGACAAUCCUAUUGCCAAUAUUUUGCAGUAUUUUCUUACAAGAAUUGUUGCUGACCAUAUAAAAUAAGUUUAGCAACUUAGUACUGUGAAUGUACAUUGUCAUCUAUGCAGAUAUUGACUUACUUUAUUGUAAUUAGUAAAUAAAAUGGACUUUGGAACCAAGUUACUAUAUUGACAUUGAACAUGAGUGAAUUUUGGAUUCCACACAAUAUAAUUGUUUUCAUUGUAACUAUCAGUAACAGUAGCACUACUAUUACAAUUGCACACAUCUCUGAGAGUCAAAACAUAGUCAUUUUAUCACUUCCUAGAUUUUGAGUGCCUUGGGCUGUUUGCUUCCAUUUGACUGUAUGACGAGGUAAAAUGGUAAUUUAUUGAGUUCUAAGUGCCUUUUUUCUAGGAGUGGUGGGGUGACUAAAUAUUGUAAUGUAUGAGGUCUGUUUUUUGCCUUGGGAUGGAACACAUUUAGCAAAACAGGAGCUGCCACAGAGAUUGGUGUGUGGUGUGCAGUGAGUAGAGGAGGGCAGCUUUGGCUGACCCUCUGUUCCUCUGGAGAAUACUGCAUGAGUGAGUGCACUUUAGCACUGGAUACAGGCCUUCUCACUGGGACAGUGUGGUUACAUAAGAAGUGCCUUUUUUACUUGACAGAAAUAGACAUGCUUUGUACAGGUUUUGGCACGUCGUCUUAUUAUUUCUUCUUUGAUCCAAAUAAAUAUUUUAUGCAAGCGA